AUGCACCUUCAGGGUCAACCAUUUUCCGAAUUUUUUAGUUUUCAGAUUCAACAGAGUUCUGAUUCAACAGAGUUCUGCGAAAUUUGCUUGAGUCCGUUUCCCAGGAGCUUGAUGACCGGCCUGGAGUGCGGGCACCGUUUUUGCGGCGACUGCUGGACGGAAUAUCUCUCGGUGAAGGUCAUGUCAGAGGGAGAGUGCUUUUCCAUCUCCUGUCCUGCUCACAAGUGCAAGAUUUUAGUUGACGACGCCUCCGCGAUGGCGCUGAUCAAGGAUUCCAAGGUAAGGUCCAAGUACCAGUGCUUGAUAACGCAGAGUUUCGUUGAGUGCAACAGAUUAUUGAAGUGGUGCCCGGCUCCAGACUGCAACCGUGCGGUUAAAGUCCAGUAUGUGAAUUUUAAACCCGUAAAGUGUACCUGUGGCCGGAGAUUUUGUUACAAGUGCAGUAAAACGUGGCAUGCGCCCAUUUUGUGCGAGUAUAUGAGAAAAUGGGCGAAGACAGUCGCUGAAGACUUGUCUAUCUCCCUCUGGAUCAGAAUUAACACCAAAAACUGCCCCAAGUGCUACGUGGCGAUCGAGAAAAAUGGCGGGUGCAACCACAUGACCUGCAGGAUUUGCCAGCAUCAUUUCUGCUGGAUCUGCAGUGUAAAUUGGUUUGAUCACGGCUACAACACUAGAUGCAACAGGUACGUCGAAGCUGAAGAAGUUAACCAAGAGCCGGAUACUCCCAUGCCUAAUUUGAAUACAUUUCACCGCACGAGGUUCAUUUAUCAUUUCAAUUUCUUGGAGCAGGAAAGAAAUUUGAUGAUGGACGUUCAAAAUAAGUGUCAAAGGUUACCAAUGUCCUGGACAGAGGUCUUCACGUUGCAAGCAGUCAUGACCAAGGCAGUCAAUGUUUUGCGCCAAACUAGGGAGACCUUGAUGUAUUCCUACGUGUUUGCGUAUUUUGUUGAAAAGUCUAACCAGAAGACUAUUUUUGAGUUCAAUCUGCAGGGCAUAGAAAAUACUACGGAUAGUCUCUCGCAUUAUUUGAAAAUGCAUAUUGUUAAUGCUGAAGUUGAUGUCAUCAUACGCAAGGUUCAGAAUAGGACUCAGUAUUGCGACCAAUUCUGCAGAGUACUUCUGGAUCACGUUAAUGAAGGUUAUGACAAGGGCUGGUGGACCCAUCUUGAAACUGCGUAG